GAUGUACUAAAAGAAGCAUUGGACUAUAUUGAGCAUUAUGAAUUUGUGAUGAAAAACAACAAAGAUGAAUUUCCUACAGGUUUACAACUUUACGGUGAUGAUAAUAAUGACGACCGUAAUAACAACUCGGUCAUUGGCGAUGCUUUUACCGACAAUAGUGAUAUUAUGGAGACAGUAUCGCUACGUGAAAACAGUACAUCACAAAUGAAUAGAUCUGUUAUAAUACCCAAAAUAAAACGCAAAACUAGGUCGGAUGAUGAAGAUCACGAAAUAUCAUUACCUCCCUCCAGAAAAGAAAUAAUAAUUCGGUUCCUGGAUUAUAUUAAUGAUGAUGAUAACCAGCUGCCGGAUUGUAUAAACGAGUCUGAUAAUUUAGUAACUGUCACCGUUGACAAUAUUUCUGCAUGUGCGUCGGGAUCAACUAGCAAUAACGAAAAAACAUGGACAGAAAAAGAAGACGAGACAUUGAUAGCAUUGUUUACCCUAGUAUAUCUUGUUCUUUUAUUAUUACCAGAAAAGGUUUUAUUUCCUAAAUUCGAAAAAAUGGGUGGUAUGUUUAGUAGAGCUUUAGGGCGGUUAUGGGGCGAGAAAGAAGUUCGAAUAUUAAUUUUAGGCUUAGAUGGCGCUGGUAAAACAACCAUAUUAUAUCGAUUUCAAAUUGGUGAAGUAGUCACAACUAUUCCAACGAUUGGAUUUAAUGUUGAAACUGUAACUUAUAAAAAUAUUAAAUUCCAAGUAUGGGAUUUAGGAGAAGGUCAAACAAGUAUAAGACCAUACUGGCGUUGCUACUACGCAAAUACAGAUGCAGUUAUAUAUGUAGUUGAUUCAGUGGAUCGUGAUCGUAUUAACACAGCACGGGAAGAACUACAUGCAAUGCUCGAGGAAGAAGAACUACGUGAAUCAGCGUUACUUGUGUUUGCUAAUAAACAGGAUAUGGAUGGUGCAAUGUCUGUAACAGAAGUUUCCGAUUCUUUGCGAUUAGACACGCUGAAAAAUCGGCAGUGGACUAUUUAUAAAACUAGUGCGGUGAAAGGAGAUGGAUUAACAGAAGGAUUAGAUUGGUUAGUGAAUUGUUAUUCUGAUUAG